AUGGUCGCAGAUUUGAUUCCGCUGCGGAAUAAAGAAGAGACGGUGCGCGUGCAGAGUGAGAGCUUGCAGUUAGCGGAGACUCGCAUCACAGCACUGACGGAGCGGGCGGCCGCGCUGAGGGCCGACCUCAACGAUAAAGUACACGAGCUGAAGACGUUGCGGCAAGUCUUGGACGCCAAGAAUGACAAAUCUGACUUCUCCGUUAGCACAGACAUACAGGAAAUGGAGAAUCAAAAGAGUAUGGUCAGUACACUGCAGAGCAACUUGUCAGUGAUUGAAGAACUCUACCGAGAGUGUUUCUAUGAGACGGCAAAACAGGAGGAGAUAAUAGAGAUGCUGCGCAAAUCGUGUCUCGACGUGAGAUUAAUGGACCGCGAGAAGACUGAGCAGAUCGGCCGACUGCAGAAUGUGGUUCACAGCCAGAAGUGGUCUCUCGAACAGUGUCACGGAGUGUGGGAGCGGUCCGAGGAGUCCCCCGCCGCGGAGGUGUCUGAGGAGCUGCAGGACAUCACCGCGCAGCUCCUCCGGCUGCAGCAUAUGCUUACUACUGACUGUACCUGCGGACUGGAGGAAGAAAACCUGAGACUGAAACAGAACAACGAAGCUAUAGAGUUACAAAUGGGAGAUCUUCGGCAACGUGUACGCGACUUGGAAACCUCGUUGUUAGAAAAAGAUGGAAUGUACGCACGAUACCAGCAGCAGUUAGAAGAGAAAGAGAAAGAGUUGGUGACAGUUCGAGAACAGCUGAAGCUGUCAGGUGACAGUUUAACUGAGAAAAAUUCCAUCAUCGACUCUCUCACCAGGCAGAUCCUGCAGACUCAAGUGAUGUUAAGCGACAAAACCGAGGAGCUGGUAGAAGUGCAGCGGCAGUGCACAGCUCACGAAGACGAGCUGGUGAAGAUGCACGAGGAACUGGAUAAAGCGAACAACAUCAUCAAAGAGAACGACGACGUCCGCGGCUCGGUGUGCCGGCUGUCGUCGCAGGUUCGAUGCUGGCGUGAGCAAUUGUGUGCCAGCGAGCGGCGCGUGUCCUCGCUGCACGAACGGCUGCAGGAGGCCGCCGAGAGAUGCCGCCACGCGGACGUCUCUCACAGAGAAGCGUGCGAGAAUGCGCGUGCGCUUCAAGCGCAACUGGAGGAAGCGCACGAGCGCGGCGCUAGUUUGUGCGCGGAGGCGCGACACGCGCUCGCUACCGUGCGACGCUGGGUGCAGCGUAUGCGGGCACGACACAGUGAACAAGAAGAGAAAAUAAAAGAACAAGAGAUGCUUAUUGACAUGUUACAAGAACGCCUGCAAGAGACGCAGAACGUGGAACCAAUCCCACAACUCAAGCGACCCUGCUGUUCAAAAUGUGUUUGCCAACGAAACAGCACGAUGUCAGCUAUGACCUUCGCGGGUCCAUCUAGAGUGGAAGAGAGACAGAGUGACCUGGGGACAAUCAGUGGGAGUGAGAUAGCGAGCGGUUCGUCGGCACCGAUACCACCUAAACGGAUGUUGAGGAAGAAGGCGCUGUCUUGUCCUGACAGAGUAAGUACUAUCUAUUCUCGUACUUAA